AUGCCUUUUCGAUGCCGGCACCACCACCGCGAGCGCUACUCCCGGCGCCGUGAUCCCCAACGCCGUACCCCCGCCCAUCUCGCCCGGGGCCUCGAGGCAGCCAAAGCCGUGCAAAUCUGCCUUGUGCUCGCACAGCUGGGCAUUGCUAUCCCCAUCUCCGCCUGGUACCGCACGAUAGAGGGCGGGCAUACCGCCUGCCAUGGCCCCGGAAAACAAUGGUUUGUACGUAGCUCUGCUCUCCUUCUCCCUCGUGAUCAUGUCCUUCUCCGGUCUGCUCUCGCCUAUUUCAAGACUAGUUUCGACUGGGUACUUGCUCUUUCUGGGUUAGCCAUCACGGCGUACUUUGCCUUUAUGGGCAAGAUUGCGGGCGGCUACAAGUCGGUCCAGUUCAUGAAGGGGGCCGUUGUCGGGGACGCCCUCUGCCUGGGAAUGCAGAUCUUCGCCUUUAUCACCUCCAAACACAUCGCGUCUCGAUGCAAUCUUCAAGGACCUCGUCAUCGUACCUGGAAGAUCGACCAUGGUGGUCAGUCCCACGUUCACGACGAUGCGCCUUCCAUGCCAUGCAUGAACCUACCCAAGAUGCUGGUGAUUGUCUCUGUGUUUGUUGCGUAA